AUGGAGUCUACUUUAGGGGCUGCACUGCUUUUGAUGCUAGUGGCUGCAUCAGCAGCCCAGAGCUGCCAGUGUGCAACAAACCAUCGAGUAACCUCCUGUACAAUGGAGUCUGGUACCUGCACCUGCACAUCAUUCGGUUCGGACCAGAGGGUAGACUGUUCAACACUGACUUCGAAAUGCCUCCUGAUGAAGGCAGAAAUGACACGCUCUCCCUCCAGGGGAAGGAGGUUCAUGAAGCCUGAAGAUGGCUUUCUGGACAACGAUGGGCUUUACAACCCAGACUGCACAGCCAAUGGCACCUUCAAGGCCAAGCAAUGCAACCAGACAGACACUUGUUGGUGUGUGAACAGUGCUGGAGUGAGGAGGACUGACAAGGGUGAUACAACCAUGGUAUGCAGCAGACUUGUCAGAACAAACUGGAUCUUCAUUGAAAUGAAGCACCAAGAAAGAGAAUCUGCCUUCCCUGAGUCUGAAGUGAAAAAUAGUCUUCGCCAGAUAAUUCAGAGCCGGUACAUGCUCCAUCCAAAGUACAUCACACUGAUAGAGUAUGACUCCCCAUUCAUCCAUAUUGACAUGAAGCAGAAUGAGUCUCAGAUGACUUCCAGAGAUGUCGAUAUAGCAGAUGUAGCCUAUUACUUUGAAAAAGACAUCAAACGCAACUCUGCUUUUCCGCCCAGUAAUGUGUUUAAUCUCUCUGUCAAUGGAGAACCUCUAAAUAUUGAAGAAAUCUUAAUCUACUAUGUUGAUGAACAGCCACCAGAGUUCACUAUGAAGCGCUUGGCAGCUGGUGUGAUUGCGGUGGUAGUGGUGGUGGUUUUGGCCAUUAUUAUUGGAAUAACUGUGCUUGUGAUUACCAGGAGGCGAAGGACUGGCAAGUAUGAGAAGGUUGAGAUUAAGGAGAUGGGAGAAAUGCGAAGAGGACAAAAUUCAUAGUUGCCUUUCUUUGAAGCCAGAACUAAGACUUUGAACAUAGAAGGAAAAUAGCAGGAUCACUGCAUGACUUUUGAAAGUGUGUGUGUGUGG